CUUCACUGCCACCGCCCGCUCCGACAAAUACCCAAACCCCCAAAUCGUGGUCGCGCAAGACAGUCGCCCUGUCGUGAAGAGCGCUCGUGUCGCUCUGCCUACCGAACGUCCCAUGCGGUAGUCCUUGAAUUUCCCGACGGGCGUCCGAACCUAGCAGAAGAAGAAAAGGACUCGGGUUCGCGCAACGGCGUCCUCACGGCAACAGGCCCACCCGACCUCGACAAUGGCCUCCUACGCUGCGAUCACGAGUUCGCCUGACGAGCAUGGCGGCUCAAGACCGCAUAGCACCUCCUCGCGAAGUGGCAGGAGCUCACGACACUCGAAACUGAACAGCGGCGGUGGUUCGGCAUCAUGGCUCUCUUCGGUCAUAAACCUCGUCAACACAAUCGUGGGAGCAGGAGUGCUUGCCAUGCCUCAUGCGCUCUCGAAUAUGGGCAUCACGCUGGGUGUGAUUGUCAUCUGCUGGGCUGGUCUCACAAGCGGGUUCGGGCUAUAUCUACAGACAAGAUGUGCGCGGUAUCUGGAUAGAGGCGGGAGCUCAUUCUUUGCGCUCAGCCAAAUCACGUAUCCUGGAGCAGCAGUCGUUUUCGAUGCGGCCAUCAUGCUGAAGUGCUUUGGCGUGGGCGUGUCCUAUCUCAUUAUUAUUGGGGAUCUCAUGCCCGGCGUUAUCAGAGGGUUUGUGGGCAAUGUGAAUGACCAGUUGUAUCUGGUUGACAGACAGUUUUGGGUGACGGCGUUUAUGUUGGUUGUGAUUCCACUUUCAUUUCUGCGCAAGUUGGACAGCUUGAAGUAUACGUCCAUGGUCGCGCUCGUUUCCAUAUCUUACUUGGUCGUACUUGUGGUCUACCAUUUCAUUGCGAACGAUGCUGGCCAUGAGAAGGGGGCUGUACACUGGGUCAGAUGGCAAGGAUUGGGAUCCACCCUUUCCAGCUUUCCGGUCAUUGUAUUUGCGUAUACAUGCCAUCAGAAUAUGUUCUCAAUCCUGAACGAGAUUGCAGACAACAGCCCGAAACGGACCACUGCUGUCGUCACCGCGAGUAUAGGAACCGCAGCCAGCACCUAUAUUCUGGUUGCCGUUACUGGAUACCUCACAUUCGGAGACAAUGUCCUUGGGAACAUUGUGGCGCAAUACGUGCCGAACGUGGCGUCUACCGUCGGUCGAGCUGCCAUAGUGAUUCUGGUCAUGUUCAGCUAUCCUCUGCAGGUACAUCCCUGCCGAGCCUCGCUCGAUGCAGUGCUGAAGUGGCGCCCCGUCAACAGGCAGACUCAGGAAUUCACUCCCGCGCCAUCAUCUAGAGGAUCGCCUUCGAGGAACUCCCUCCUGACUGGCAAGGUACCUGUUGGACGACCGACACCGACAGAAAUGAGCGAGGUGCGCUUUGCCAUUCUGACGACAUGCAUUAUCAUCAUGUCAUACAUCGUGGCCAUGACUGUGAGCAGCUUGGACAAGGUACUCGCGUAUGUCGGAUCAACAGGAAGCACGGCCAUCUCUUUUAUCCUGCCUGGACUGUUCUACUACAAAAUUAGUGCGCCAGAUUCGCCGCACCACCAACGACUUCUCAAAGACGAAGAAGAUGAGGAAUAUGACCGCACUGCCUCUGUCGAGGAGGGCGGCUCCAGCAACGGCCGACAAGCAAAGGGUGAGCUGCUGCGAAAGUGCAGCUUAGCACUCGCAAUUUAUGGCUUCUCCGUGAUGAUUGUGUGUCUCAUCACAAAUAGUAUCAACAUCGCACAUGGGCGAUAAUAUGUAUUUCAGACGGCGUUCAUGGCGGCAUUGCAUUGCGUUGUGUUUCGAUAGAGUGGGAGGAGAAGAUCAUUGCUGGCCUGACGGUCACUGCCAUCAGAGAGGUACUCAAAUACCCAGUAUCAUCAGUCCCGAUACCAUCACCA